AUGAUAGCUCAUAUCUAUGUGGAUGAUAUUAUAUUUGGAGGGAUGUUAGAUGAGAUGGUCCAACAUUUUGUCAAGCAAAUGCAAUAUGAGAUUGAAAUGAGUUUGGUAGGUGAAUUAACUUACUUUCUUGGACUCCAAGUCAAACAGAUGGAAGACUCCAUCUUUCUUUGUCAAGGAAAAUAUACAAAGAAUAUUGUGAAGAAAUUUGGAUUGGAGAAUGCUAGUCAUAAAAUAACUCCUGCUCCUACUCACUUGAAGUUAUCUAAAUAUGAAAAUGGAAUUAGUGUUGAUCAAAGUUUAUGUAGAAGCAUGAUUGGUAGUCUUCUAUACCUUACACCAAGCAGACCAGAUAUAACUUUUGAUGUUGGAGUUUGUGCUAGACAUCAAGCAGAAUUCAAAGUGAGUCACAUCAAUCAAGUAAAAAGAUUUUGA